CAGGCGGCCAUAUUUGAGAGUGAAAUAAAAUUAGGGAGUAUUAUUUGGGUUGUGAUUUAUCGUUGCGAUGAAGGGUGGGGGUUCGUCGGAGACGAAGAUCUUGCAGGAAUUGGUGUUGUACGCCGCCAGCGCCGCUAUUAGCUGCUUGGUGUUGUUUGUGGGGCUCCGACAUCUCGACCCGAACCGUGAAGCCUCCAAGAAAGCCCUCGAGAACAAGAAGGAAAUCGCCAAGCGUCUUGGCCGUCCGCUUAUUCAGACCAAUACCUACGAGGAUGUAAUUGCAUGUGAUGUAAUUAAUCCUGAUCAUAUUGAUGUGGAGUUCAAUUCUAUUGGUGGACUGGAAGCUAUAAAACAAGCAUUGUAUGAAUUGGUGAUUCUUCCUCUACAAAGACCAGAGCUAUUUUCUCAUGGAAAACUUCUUGGUCCUCAAAAGGGUGUAUUGCUAUAUGGACCACCUGGCACUGGCAAGACUAUGCUUGCCAAAGCAAUUGCAAAAGAAUCAAGGGCUGUUUUCAUCAAUGUAAAGAUUUCCAAUCUUAUGAGCAAGUGGUUUGGUGAUGCUCAAAAACUAGUGGCUGCUGUAUUUAGCCUGGCAUAUAAACUCCAGCCAGCGAUUAUAUUUAUUGAUGAGGUGGAUAGUUUUUUGGGUCAACGGAAGUCUACUGACCAUGAAGCAUUAACUAAUAUGAAGACUGAAUUCAUGGCUUUGUGGGAUGGUUUCACCACUGAUCAGAAUGCACGAGUGAUGGUACUAGCUGCAACUAACCGUCCAUCAGAGCUUGAUGAAGCAAUUCUUCGGCGUCUCCCCCAGGCCUUUGAGAUUGGGAUCCCCGAGCGCCGGGAGAGAGUAGAGAUACUUAAGGUGAUCCUCAGGGGUGAGAAGGUUGAGGAAAGCAUCGACUACGACUAUAUAGCUGGUUUAUGCGAUGGAUACACUGGUUCAGAUCUUCUUGAUCUCUGCAAGAAAGCUGCAUAUUUUCCCAUCAGGGAUCUUCUCGAUGAUGAGAGAAGUGGACGCCCAUGUUCAGAGCCGAGGCCAUUAUCACAAAGCGAUUUGGAGAGAGUUGUAUCAACGUCAAAAAACACAAAAGUAGCUGCAAACGAAUACAGCAGAUUGAGUUCACAAACAUCUGGAUGGUCACGGCAGAGGGACCAAGACGAUUAUCAGGUUCAAGCUGCACUCAGCGAGCUCUCAAAGCUCGUCGUGUCACAGAUUAUCAACCUGCAGUCUGAUUCUAACGACUCUUAAACCCCGCCACAUUGCAUUCACCAUACAACAGACGCGUUAUUAAUGUUGUGAAAUUUUGUAUUGCUAUUAGCUAAAGGGGGUGUCCUGGGAUUUUAGUUUAAACAGCAAACUUCUUUAGUCACCCACGUUCAAAGUUGCUUGAUCCGUGAUCAUUAUUCUUGCCUUCUUAGUUGACCUUGCUAAGGUUGUGUAGUUUUUUGAAAAAUAUAUUAUGACUGAACUCUAUGAAGUAUGAGGAUUUGACUUUUGGAAGAGAUUCUCUUUACAAAUCCAUCAUUAGAAAUUUAAAAAUGAGAAGAUAUUCUCUUAUUAUUCAACUACCAA